AUGUGGCGGCCUGCCUUGUGGUUAUAUUUAUUGCUGUCUACCGUAACCGCGGCUUGGAGGCCGCCGAAAAUUUCGCCGCACCGCUUCCCGUUGGUGUCGAGCCGGAAUUCCGAGCACAUCACGUUCGAAGUGGAGACAGAAUAUGGCGUCAAGCUCAUCCCGCCGCUGCCCAUCAGAAAGGAGCUCAGCUGUUAUAGAGUGAAACUCGGCCACCUCGUCUACAUGUCAACGCCAAAAUGCGGGUCAACGCAGAUGAGAAGGAUAAUGUGCGAGCUGAUUUUGCGCGACGAGGGUGUCGAAAUCACCCCAGAGGUCAAUGACGAUGUGGAGAAUAGCCGUCCAUUCUGCAUGCGCAGCCAGGGACUCGUUCAGGCCGGCCAACUCCUAGGAUGGAAUUCCCCGAAAAACAAGCUGUUCUUCAUCUGGCGAGACCCGGUCGACAGGUUUAUCUCGCAAUAUGGAUAUAUCUGCAAAAAACACGGCGAAUGCGGUGAAGCGGGCGAAUCUUUGCACACGGCGGCGAAGGGCUUCUACAAUUACCUCCAAUAUGGCCAACUGCCGAAGGGCGCAUCAAACGUUUCGAAUUUUCGGCAUCACAUUACGCCGCAGUCUUGGCAUUGCGAUAUCGGGGAGCAGCCGGGCCGAUUCCAGCGCGUCGAAUACACCCAGGAUUCCGGUGAGCUGGUGGAAAGGUUGAGGCCCGUGCUCGAUUGGACCGGAAUGCCGCCGGAGGACAUUGAUGCGGCGCUGAACCGGCUGCUGACGUCGAACACCAACGAGGAGCGGGCGGCUGACAAGAAGGUCCACAAAUACGACAUGUGGCGGGAGGAGGUGUUGAAGAAUCGGACGACGCUUGGCUACGUGUUGGCCAUAAACUACCACGACUACCGGCUUUUCCAGAAAGAGUUGCCGAAAAUACCGCCGAAA